AAACGACACUGUUAUUUAUAUUCAGAUUUGCAACGAAAUCUGAUAUAAUAACUCAACAGCACAAUGUUCAGACUCAAUUGGCUUUGCAUUUAUGGUUACAGGCCUGAAAGAAACAAUCGCCAAUAUUUAAUGAAAUGUUGUUUUGAAAUUUUAAAUUUUGUAUUUAAAUGCAUAAUUUGUUCCAGGAAACCAUUGGCUGAAUGAAGUCGUCCCUCGUCUUUAACGGUACCGUUGAUUCUUCCCACAUGUUGAUAAACACAUUUCUGGAGUUCGUUCCCGAUCUGCAGGAACUAGAAUCAGUGCCCUCUCCAAGAGUCCUGACAUCACACCUUCCAUUUCGCUGUCUGCCAAAGGAACACAUAAAAAACAACGGGAAAAUAAUCCACAUCAUCCGGGACCUCAGAGAUGUUGUCGUGUCCGCUUUUCACCAUUACACCACAGAUCCAUACGUCAAGGACUUUGUAUCCACCGAUUGGUCUGUGUUUUUGGACGAGUUCUUGCGUGGAGAAUAUUUUUAUGGAAGUUGGUUUGAACGAGAGAAGGAGUGGGAAGAGGCAGCACUACAGCAUCCAAAAAGUAUAUUGGUUCUUUACUAUGAAGAUCUGAAAAAGAAUGGUCCAGAAACGAUGACUCGCAUCUCUAGUUUUCUUGGUCUGUCAUCCGAUCCCACUUUCUUGCAAGCUGUCUAUGAUGAAUGCUCCUUCGAAAAAACGCAAAAGCUAAGGAAGGGCACGUUUAAUGAAUUUAUUUACAGAAAAGGAGUAGUUGGAGACUGGAGAUCAUAUUUUACUGUCGCGCAAAGAGAGAAAUUUGAUUCCAUUUUCAAGGAGAAUAUGAAAGAUUCAAAGUUAAAAAUACAAUUAAGUUAAUUUUUAGAGGAGAUAUUUUUGAGGAAGUAUAAAGAAGUAUUCUAUUCUUUUUGUUGUAAUGAUUUAAAAAAGAUUGUUUGAAGCCAUUGACUGCGAAAGUGAUACCAGGCCACCUAUUUUGCCAAUUUAUAUAUGAUAUGUAUAAUAGUCACAUACUGGGAGCCCAAUUUGUUAUUGCAUAAUUGUUUAAUAUUUUUUCCCAGGAAUUGUGUUUUAAAUAAUGUUACAUUGUUUCCCAGUCUUUCUUAAUCUGUUUUAUGU